CUCGCUUUUACUGUCAUUGUUAAUUAAAAUAUAUGUCCCGUCUGACAUUCAAUCAAAAAGAGUUCUUCAUCAUGACUGUGACCUACACCUCACGUGUGAGUACCUCGAGUGUUGUCAGCAAUUUCUUGGGGCUGCUGGUCAGAUGGCGCGGCAGUAUUUACAAGUUAGUAUGGUUGGACCUCAUGGUAUUUUUCGGAUUGUACUGUUUGCUGGCAGUUACAUAUCGUCUGUUGGUGAACGAAGAGGGCAAACGGUUCUUUGAGGCCAUUAUAUCGUACUGCGAGAAGAAUGGUACCCUCAUUCCGUUAUCGUUCGUUUUGGGAUUUUUCGUGCGAAUUGUGAUGAACCGGUGGUGGGACCAGUACACCACCAUUCCUUGGCCAGAUGGAAUUGCCAUUUUGAUUAGCACCAGUAUCCAUGGCUCCGACGAUAGAGCCAGGGUCAUGAGGCGAACCAUCCUAAGAUAUGUGUGCCUGUGCCAGGUGAUAGUCUUCACCAUGAUAUCGCCGCGUGUCAAGCGCCGAUUCCCCACCUACAACCACAUCAUUGAGGCUGGCUUUCUGCUGGAGAACGAAAAGAAAAUCAUUGAGGCCAUGGACCAGGCCUUCCCCAGUUAUCCGAAGCACUGGAUGCCCAUCGUUUGGGCGGCUAGCAUUGUGAUGAGGGCGCGGAGGGAGAACAAGAUCCGGGAUGACUACGCCGUCAAGACGAUCAUCGAUGAGUUGAACCAGUUUCGCGGGAAUUGUGGCUUCUUGCUCUACUACGAUUGGAUUAGUGUUCCACUGGUCUACACCCAAGUGGUCACCGUGGCCACCUACUCCUUCUUCCUGUUCAGCAUCCUCGGGCAGCAGUGGAACGAAAAACAUGCCGACGAGGAGGGUAUCAGGAUUAGGAGGUGGUUUCCGAUCCUGACCGUUCUUCAGUUCUUCUUUUACAUGGGUUGGCUCAAGGUGGCCGAGACGCUGAUAAAUCCUUUCGGAGAGGAUGAUGACGACUUUGAGCUCAACUGGAUAAUAGAUCGGAAUAUCACCGUGGCUUAUUGCAUUGUGGAUGAGAUGCACCAGGAGCAUCCGGAACUCGUUAAGGACCAGUACUGGGAAGAGGUCUUUCCCAAUGAAAUGCCAUACGCUCAGCCAAGUAUGCGUCAAAAUCCUCCAGAAGCUUCCACGGCCUACAUGGAAUCACAAUCAAAACUCCAAAAACGCCAUGGAUCUGCAACGUCUACUCUUAGUACCCGAUCGCGGUACAACUUCCGACAAAACUUACUGGGAAGACCAUCUGCCACUGGCAGCUACUCGGACUCCAUCCAAAUGGAGGAUGGGCCCUCGCGAGUGAGCUUCAGUGAGAACAAAUUUGAUUUGCCACAGGAUGACGCCAACAGCUCACAUAAGCCAUCGCAAUCCACAAUCGAUUUCAACGAGCUAAUUGAGCAGCGUCGUCGCGAGCGAAGGGAACGCAUUCGGCACCGAUUUCUGGAUAUGCAAAGUACCCACCUGCGCCACGAUACUUCCGGUGCCCCCUAUACGAUCACGGUUCUCCGCCCUCCCUCCGAUGAAGCUCUGUCCGAGAAUCAGGAGGCCGGGGACGGGGCUCAGCAGGAUCCGUCGAGCAGCAAGGACCCCCCUCCAAAUAAAACAGAAAAGCAGGACUAGAAUUAUUAAAAUCACAAUUUAUUAUUUUUCGGA